AGUAACGAUAACGACACUCAGUGUCCGCGUUUCAUUUGAAACGGCUGGAUGUGCGUUCGAGACAAGGCCGUGUUUAUAAUUAUAAAUUAUCACGUUUUAAAUUAUCAUUAAAACAUAAUUAAUUGAAUUGUUAAAUAUUACUACAUAGUUGAUACAAUAAUUACUUGGACGAUAGUACUUAAAAUGGACGUUGUCACAGCUAAAUCCACGGUCAAGGACGAAUUAGGGGGAACACGAGCUGCUAGAUGGAGAAACUUUUUAGCAUUUUGGCUGAUUGGACUUUGCAAUAAUUAUGGAUACGUUGUAAUGUUGAGUGCAGCUCAUGACAUUUUAAAAGAAAAAUUUUCCUCACCUGAGUCAUCGGUAACUGAAAAUAAUAUGACGAUCGAAAACCCACGUGGAUGCAAUGAAAUAUCGACAGGUGCGAUAUUAUUAGCUGAUAUACUUCCCUGUCUGCUUAUAAAACUUACGGUACCGUUUUUACCGUUUUACGUUAAUGUGCGAGUGGCGAUGUGUGUGAUAUCACAGAUACUGGGGUUUCUUGCUGUUGCAUUCGGUACAUCACCAUGGAUUACUAUCAUGGGGGUUAUAUUGACUUCAUUUUCUUCAGGCCUUGGAGAAAUAACUAUACUCAGCCAUAGUUAUAAAUAUGGAAGAACUAGUAUAGCAGCAUGGUCAUCAGGAACCGGAGGUGCAGGAGUAGCUGGUGCAUUUUCUUACGCCGGUUUCAGGCUAAUAAUGAGUACAGAAACAACAUUACUUGUAAUGUUGGUAGUACCUGUCACAGAAGCUAUUGCCUUCUGGUUGAUAAUGACUCGACCAAAUGAAAAAUCAGUUCUGAAAUACGGAAUCAGCAGCCAAGAUGAUAUUAUCAAAGUACCGAAAAAAACAAUAAAAGAAAAAAUAUCACUAGUACCUGGUUUAAUGCCUUAUUUAAUUCCAUUGUUUCUCGUUUAUUUGUUUGAGUACUAUAUAAACCAAGGAUUGCACGAACUUAUACAAUUUGACGGUAUCUGGUUAAAUCAUGCGGAACAAUACAGAUGGUACCAAGUUGAUUAUCAAAUUGGAGUUUUUAUUUCACGGUCAUCCGCAACAUUUUUUACUUUCAACAAGAUUUGGCUUAUGGCUCUCUUUCAAUUUAUUAAUAUCGUAAUAUUCACAACUGAGUCAAUAUUUUUUUAUAUUCCAAGUAUUUGGAUUGUUUUCGUUAUCACAUUUUGGGAAGGUCUUCUCGGUGGCGCAUCAUAUGUCAAUACCUUUUAUAACAUGGGAGAAACGAUUCCUGAUAAAGAUUUAAAAGAUUCAUUGGGAAUCGUAUCGAUGGCUGAUUCUCUUGGAAUAGCAAUCGCUGGUGGAAUUGCUAUGCCUGUUCAUAAUGCAAUUUGUAGGCUUCCAAGACCACAAUAUUAGAUUAGAUAAUUGUACAUUUUUAUUAGGAGAAAUGCAUUAGGUUUUUUGUACCAAAUAUUUAAAAAAAAAAAAUCUAUAUACGGAGAGAAUU